GGGAUGCCUUAUCCACCAUCAUCCCCAACGAGGACAACACAUGUGGCUCCAAAAGGGGCGCCUGAAGCUACAAUUUGCAACAUCACUUUCUGUAUGCAUCACUGCUUACUAGGCCAUACAGUGCUAGCCUGAAUCCUGCCAACUCGUGUUUACUUCCACUCUUGAAAUAGCGUCUUAUGUCACCUAUAUGAAGACUAGAAUUGGGCGUGCAGUGCGGCGAGCUUACACGUAGGCAAGAUAUACUUUGUCCUAUCAGCGCUCUUUGACGUUUCAUAUCCUGCAGAGUACGUGGCACUCACACAACAGCAUCAUCAUGCGGCAACCCGGGAUUUUUGGACAGAUGGUAUGGGACACCUACACAUUAGUAUUGUUUGGGUUUCGCAUGCCAGCAGAUACGACCCAGGAGGCCAUAACAACGGCCCUCGACCAAGCUGCGCUCAAACUUUUUGAAGCUUACCCUUUCCUAACGGGACAGGUGAUCAAGGAAGGUCGAUCAAGCACGAACUCUGGCACGUACCGAAUCAUUCCCUACGCUCAACAUCAGGGCAAGUCACCUGUGCGACCCAAAGAUUGCACGGAGUUAUGUCCUUCAUACGAUGAGAUAAUCAAUGCUAGCGCCCCCUUCUCCAUGCUCGACGGAGAGGUACUCUCCCCUAUGAAGGGAAUGGGAUAUGCGUAUCCGGAAGGGACGGAGAUGCCGGUCUUCAUCAUCCAGGCGAACUUCAUCCGUGGCGGAGUGCUGAUCUGUUUCGCCUCAGCGCACAAUGCACUCGACAUGAAUGGCCAAGGUGUUGUGAUUCGCCAGUUCGCCACUGCUCUCAGAGGCGAGGACUUUGACCCAGCACUUGUUGCUGAAGGAAAUCAGGACGCCGACGGGAUUGUCCCACCGCUGAAGGAAGGUGAGGUUGCCCUUGGUCAUGAAGAGCUGCUCCAGGCCUCGACUUUGAAUGCGGUUGGCGGCCCUCCGCCCGGACAACCUGGCGAUGCACCAUGGAGAUACUGGCGCAUACCGCACGAGAAGGUGGUGGAACUCAAGAAACUUGCCGCGGAGUCCUCCAAUCGGGUAUCAACAAAUGAUGCGGUGGUUGCCUUCUUUCUACAACGACUUACAGCCGUGCGCAUCAAGGGUGGGCGUGUCGACAAAGCCGAGAACGUGCAGUGUCUUCGGGCGGUCGACGGGAGAAAAAUGUUGAAACCAGCAGUACCUGAAAGCUACCUCGGCCAUCUUGUCGGGCUUGCCAGCACAGCAUUGCCCGCGGAACAAGUGCAAGCUAAACCCCUCUCAUACGUGGCUGGUGCCCUCAGAGAGUCCCUGCUUAAGGUUGACGACCACUACAUCCGAAGUCUGGCCACACUCAUCAACAGCACCGAGGACAAGACAACCAUCUUUUAUCCGGCACGAUGCCAGCCUGGAAAGGAUAUAUUGAUCUCGUCUUGGGCGCAAAUGAGCCUUGCCCAUUGCGACUUUGGGCCCUUAUUGGGAACACCUGAUUUCAUCCGCAGACCCAGGUUAGUUGAGGUCCCGGAUCUGGCGUAUGUCAUGCCCAGGACGAAGGCGAACGACCUGGAUUUGGCCGCGAGCCUCCGGAUUGCGGAUGUUCAGAGUUUGCAGGAGGACCAAGUCUGGAAUAGCUACGCUCAGCUUAUAGGUUGAGGGAGCAUCUAUCGAAGAAAGCCUCGCGUGUGCACUUGUACGAUAUACUGUCACCGUGGUUGCUCUUUCCAAAUGCAUGCCCAGACCGCCAAGCAUGGCUCUAAAAAUGCGCCAAGAACGCCCGGUAUAGCACCUCAUUUCGAAUGAACGAUGUCGCCAUUUCGCGAUGAACAGUCGCAAGAGAUCUUUCUCAAAGC